CCAAUGAAAAUGAGAGAGAUGAUAUUCAGGCUGGACGAGAUUGGAGACACAGCUCUAGCAGACUCAUUGAUGGAGUAUGCAGAGCCCCCAGCAGAUCCAUCCCUCAAUCCACACCUCCUCAUACCAGUCUUUACUGCCAUAUCUGGAGACUGGGGGAGAUUGUAUGGCCACACUACAGUACCAGAGGCCAGGGCUGCUCUCUUCCGUGAGAAGUUCAGUGAUCGUGAUCAAGUCACUGCUGAGGCUGGGAAGUACUACGCUCUCUAUCAUCGUGAUCCCAGCUGGAAAGACUUAUCCCUGCUAUCUCUAUACAGCAGGAGAAACAAAGGCUGUGGGGAUUGCCAAACCUCACGUACAGACUGUGACUGACCCCAGCCUGACUCCAGCCAACAUCCUACAAGUCACACGCCAUGUCCCACUGUGGAGUAGUGAUGAUUCUUACAACUGUCUUGACAUGUCACACAGCCAGCAUGAUGAGAUAGUAGGAAAGUUUGAUGAUGAUGAGGAGGCGAAACGAGAAUUGAUCACUACAUGGCUGGCCGGUCACCCCUGUCCUACCUGGGAACACGUUUGGAGACUACUGGAUGAUGGAGUUGGGGGUGAGGAGGGAAAGAGAGCAGCACGUGAGGUGGAGGAGACAUACCUCAAGAUGACUCCCGAGAAGGCCAAACAGAUCCUGGACGCUGCCCUCCAGGACGGCUCCUUCCCACUGGGCUUUCUGAAGUCCAUGGCAGUAGGAGUGGCUCGCUCGGGGAAGACGCUCUCCAAGAAUCACGUCUUCAAAAUCAAGUGCGACCCGAACUGCUCCGUUAGUACAGGAGUGUGUGAGGCUCCGAUCUUGGCCUUUCGACAGCUUACUUUGGAGCUGAUCAAAGCUUUGCCUUCUGCAGAGGGGUUCGAACUACUCAAGUACGAGGAUAUCAAUCAAUUUCUGGCUUACGUGGUUCGCAAGGGUUUGCUUAAAGGAAGGGUAGCGAAAGUGGUGAAAGAAAUGGUGCAGGCUGCUAGCGAAGGCUCCAGUUCAUCUGAUAGAAGUGAGGGUGUAGCUGCAAGUAGUGUAGGCACUGGUUCAGGUGAUAGUGCAGCCUCAACAGCUGUAGUCAGUGCAGUCUGCACUGCCAGCAAAGCCAGGGCCGAGGCUGAAGCUAAGGCUAGGGCUAAGCGUGAAGUGGUCCAAGAAGAAGAGCCACUGUUCAAGCUGCAGCUGAUCCUGUUCCUGGACAGCGGAGGACAGCCUCAAUUCCACGAGGUCGUUGCAGCCUUCAGUCACAACGUGUCCCUCGUCCUGGUCUUCAUCAAGCUCAACGAGCGUCUGGAUGCUCUGUGCACCAAUGCCUUCACCGACGAGGAAGGAAAGUGGUUUACGGAGCAAUGCCCCUCACUGCUCACCAACGAGCAGAUGGUGGUCCAGUUUGUCCACACCAUGAUGUGCAAGCCCGUGGCCGGCAGCGAAGGCAUGCACACCAGGUUCAUGGUGAUCGGCACUCACAGGGAUCUGAUGCACGAGUGCGACGAAACCCUGGAGCAGAAGAACGAGAGGCUGGCCAGCCUGUUUCUACCGGUUCCGGAGGAAAACCUGGUCAUGAAUGGCGACGACAUCAUCUUUGCCGUCAACGCCAAGAAUCCAGACGAGAAUGACGACAAAUGCUUCGAUCUGAUCCGCGAGAAAGUGGCGGACUUGAGCGGGGCCCUGGAUGUGGAUACCCCGAUAGCGUUCCUCGUGUUGCUGAACGACGUGAACAAGUACGCGGAAGAGCAGAGAAAGAAGGUAGUGAGCAUGGAGGAAUUCCAGGCCAUCGCUGGGAGGCUGAAGAUGAAGCGACAGAGUCUGGAGGCUGCCUUGGUUUUCUUCAACGAGAUGAGCGUGUGGAUGUACGUGCCGUCGGUCCUCCCUGGUGCGGUGUUUGUCGACCCUCAGAUGCCACUGGACAGCAUAAAUCGAAUCGUCCAGUACAGCUUCCGGGUGGGGGGUGGUGCGAUUGCAGGGCUGGCUGCGAGCGAGUGUCGACUGUGGAAGGAAGGGGUGGUGAGCAGCGAGAUGCUGAAGGGAGAGGAGUUCCGUGGUUGCUUCGUGAGGGGUCUGUUUGAGGCAGGCGAUGCUCUGAAGCUGUUCGAGAAGCUUUACAUUGUAGCUCCUCUGAACGAGAGGGAGUUCAUAAUGCCUGCCAUGCUCCAGACGGUGGCAGAGAAGGAUAUGGAGCGAUAUGUGCCUGCCCCCAGUGAGCACGUGUCCCCUCUCUUUCUCCACUUCCACAUGUCCCGCAUCGCUAAAGGUGUGUUCUGCUCCACCCAUACCUGCAUGCGCUCCAAGUAUGGGUGGACCACGGCUUACACCAUGGUAAAAAGUAAGAUAGUUCCUGCUUGUCUCUUCCGCAAUGCCGUGCGGUUGCAGCAUCCGACAAAAGCAGUUGAAAUUACUCUUCUCCAUGCUUUGAAGCAUUUCGAAGUUCAUCUCGAUGCAUCGCAGGCCGACCUGCCCAUCAUCUGUCCAGAAAUCCGUGACAUGCUCAUGGAUGCAGUGGAUAGUGCAGCGAGUGCUUUCCGCUUCAAGAAUUCGCGAGCCUCUGUAGCCUUCCAGUGCCCCUGCAGCCCAGACGACGUGCACACAGCCACUCCAAAUGAAGCCCACUCCAACCUCAUCUGCACACUGACGGGGAAGAACAUUCGAGGAGGCCUUACACCUGCUCAGAGGGUGUGGCUUGGACCACGAACUGCUCCAGUCGCCGAGUCAGCUACAACUUCUCUCUCGACUAGUGAACCUGUGUCGUCUCUCACUGACCCUCCCUCCCCGUCCUCUCCGUCUUCCAGAAUGGCGUCCCAGUUACCCAGUGGCUCAGUACAGACCUCAGCUCCUCCAACCAACCCAGCCACCUCUGCAGACAACUCAUCUUCUCCUUCCUCCACACACCUCUCCUCUCCUCCAACCAGAAUGACUGAGACUAGCAGACUGCGGAGAUGGACACAGAAAGUACGAAGUUUGUUUUCAUCCUCAUCCUCAACUACUCCUUCUCACCAACAUCUCUCUGCACCUCCAUCAAGAAUGGUCCCCCAGUUGGUCAGUAGCUCACGGACGGGAGAGAGAGACACAACACGGAGUGGAGACACACUUAGAAAAGAAAGCAGUUCUACAGCUGAGUGUUCCAGUCCUCAAGAUGGUUCACUUGGAGAGGAAGAUCUGGUGGAGAUAACAGACCAGCUGAUGGAUCUGAACCAGCCUGAGAUCUACAACCUGGGUCUGGUCCUGGGACUGGCUCAUCGCCGUGUGGUGGAUCUGAGAGAAAACAGCAGAUCCAACCAGGCCUUCCUGGAUGCAGUGGUCCUACACUGGCUGCAGAGAGACGACCAUGUGAAGGAGGUGUCCUGGGCAGCUCUUGUUAAGGCUCUUCUCCACCAGAGACUGGGUCACACUGGAAUUGCCACCUCCAUUGCCGAGAAAUAUGGAACACAAUUAUGACCAUUUAAUUGCAUGACUGCUUCUAUAUAUACACUCGCAACAGAGGGUAGGAAUGGUUUUAUGUUUGAAGUUGGCAGCAGAAAGGUUCAUGCAAGCCAUUCGCACCAUUCAAAAUUGCCUCAUUUUGGUCUCGGAUAUUUUUCCAGCAGCUUAGAAAGGUCUGCUGUGGGGAGAGUUUGUGGACGAAAGUUUUGGUUGGAGAGGGAGGGAGCUUGUACAUUUGUGUUGUUAAUAUGCCCAUGGAAGAAGUGCUUGCGAAUUUAAAAAAAGAGGCAUAUAGGGAUGGUAUAAAAAGAAAGGGAGACAAGAUGGGGAUGGGAUAGAUGAAACAUGGUUAAUGAACAGAUUUAAGUACGCUGACACCCCCAACCCCAUCACAACAAUCCCUAUAUUGUUGCCUAGGUGAAGUACUAAACAUUCAACAUUGCAAAAUUGUCUAGCG